UGUGGGGGAAGGAGGAGUCAGAUAAGGGGCAGGGUAUGGCAGAGCCAGUCCCUCUCUGUGCCUGUUGGGUAUGUUCCUCUGUUUCAUCUCAUAUAAGAGAAACCAAAGCGUGACAUACCUAAAGAGAAUUUGCAGACCCUUCACAUUUGGCACAACUAUUUUCUUUUCCCCAAUUUAAUAAUAUUAUUUUUUAUUAUCAUUAUUAUUAUUAUCAUCAUCAUCGUACUCUCUUCCACCCCUCCAUUACAAACAAUGCCUGGAAGUUUAGAACCCUUGGAUUUGGAGGUUCACAUACCCUACCACUUCAGAUGCCCAAUCUCGCUGGAACUCAUGAGAGACCCAGUCACCGUCUGCACCGGUCAGACCUACGACCGACCCAGCAUCGAGUCCUGGGUUACCGCCGGUAACACAACCUGUCCCGUCACACGUGCCACUCUCACCGACUUCACCCUAAUCCCCAACCACACCCUCCGCCGCCUAAUCCAGGACUGGUGCGUUGCUAACCGCGCUUUCGGUGUCGAGCGAAUCCCCACUCCCAAACAGCCCGCAGACCCGGCCCUGGUUCGCUCCCUUCUCAACCAAACAUCCUCCGAAUCCGCUCCAACUCACCUUCGUCUCUCCUCUCUCCGACGACUCAGACAACUUGCGCGCGACUCCGACAAGAACCGCUCCCUCAUUUCCUCUCACAACGUCCGCCAGAUCCUUCUCCCUAUCAUUUUCAGCGGUGCGGACGAGUUGAAGCACGAGUCGCUCGCCCUACUCGUUUUGUUCCCGCUCGCCGAGUCCGAUUGCGCCGCUCUCGCAUCCGACUCCGACAAGGUUAGUUAUCUCUCGCGGUUGCUCUCGCACAGCUCGCUUGAAGUCCGAGUCAACUCGGCCGCGUUGAUUGAGAUCGUCGUCGCCGGGACGCACUCGCCGGAGCUCCGUGCACAGGUGAGCGAUGUUGACGAAAUCUAUGACGGAGUCGUGGACCUGCUCCGCAGCCCGAUCUCGUACCCGCGCGCGCUCAAGAUCGGGAUCAAGGCUUUGUUCGCGCUGUGCUUGGUGAAGCAGACACGGCACAAGGCGGUGGCCGCUGGUGCACCAGCGGUUCUCGUUGAUAGGCUCGCGGACUUCGAGAAAUGCGACGCGGAGAGGGCGCUCGCCACGGUGGAGCUCCUCUGCAGGAUUCCCACGGGAUGUGCCGCGUUCGCUAGCCAUGCACUGACGGUGCCGAUGCUGGUGAAGAUAAUACUGAAGAUAUCGGACCGCGCGACGGAGUACGCAGCCGGAGCGUUGCUGUCGUUGUGCUCCGAAUCGGAGCGGUGCCAGAGAGAGGCGGUGACGGCGGGGGUGUUGACCCAGCUUCUACUUCUGGUGCAGAGCGAUUGCACGGAGAGAGCUAAGAGGAAGGCCCAGAUGUUGCUGAAGCUUCUUCGGGAUUCGUGGCCGCAGGAUUGCAUCGGAAAUUCUGACGAUUUUGCAUGCAGCCAGGUUGUUGUGGUUCCCUUCUGACAAUUUUUAAUUUUGCUAUUGUAAUAAUCUCCAUAAUUUUAGUGAAGAAAAAGGAAAAUUAGAUUUGAAGAUAAGAAAAAUGGACAAAGUUUGUGAAGUCUGAAGCUUAAUUAAUUAGUCUUUUUGUCUAGAUUGGUAAAUAAAUAGAGUUGUAAUUCUGUAUUUAAUUAUUUUUCUUCUCUUUGUUUUGUAUGUAAGGAUUAUUGUGAUGAACGAAAGCACAAUGUUUGCUUCGUCAGAGUUUGUAAUUUUUUAAGAUGAAAAAUAUCAAAAUAGAGCUAACUUUCUGUUUUCUCUUUUUUUUUUCUCCUUUUUUCUCCCUUUCUUUGUUUCAACUUUCUAGUUAUGUAGUAUAUGUUCAGGAAUUUAAUCGUGAUCGAAAUUGUUGGUUAUUAGAAUGGGUGAAUAUGCUUUACAUGUGGGAACCUUGUGGAUUAUUGGGGGAAAGGAAACAUUCACUGCCAUUGGGUGAAGUACACGUUUCUGUUAGCUCCAUAGGCAGAAGUCUUUUUGACUUCCGAGGAACGUCAUUUUGAAUAAUCAUUAUGUUGGGGACUCUUCUCCAUGGCUGCUACUGCUCACCAAAGAAGAAAAAUGUAGCUUUAUCUUCUUUUUUGUGAAUAUACACUUUUUCUGUGUGUGAAUAGAUGUAGCUUUUUCUUAA